CAACAACGAGAAGAAACAUGGCGGCGUCCAUGAGCAGCAGCUCCUCUGGUCAUUUUUAGACUUUUCCCGUCUUUAAAUUUCUUUUUCUUCAAGGACCAGUCCUGUCUGGCGGGAAAAACGAGUCUUGAACAGUGCACUGAGGAUCAUGUCACGGCUGGCUGUGGUGUUUGGGGGCUCCAGAGGCAUUGGGAAGGCUGUGUCCCGCCUGUUGGCAGAGAGAGGCUGCAGGGUGGCUGUUGUUUCUAGAAGCGAAGAUGCUGCCAGGGCUACUGUGACAUCUUUACAUGGAGCUGAACAUGUGGCUCUCAGCUGUGACGUCUCUAAAGACCAGGAGGUGCAGAAAACUUUUGAGACGAUCCAGAAGACCUGUGGAAACAUCACCUAUCUGGUGAACGCAGCUGGUAUCAACAGAGAUGCUCUGUUACUGAGGACCAAACCUGAAGACAUGCUGGACCUGCUACAAACAAACCUGCUGGGCUCCAUGUUGACCUGCAGGGCGGCGCUGCGUAGCAUGCUGCACACAAAGGGAGCUGCUAUUGUUAAUAUAGGCUCUGUGGUUGGCCUGAAGGGGAACGCUGGUCAGUGUGUGUACAGUGCCAGUAAAUCCGGUUUAGAGGGCUUCACUCGCUCCUUGGCUAAAGAAGUGGCCUCACGUGGCAUCAGAGUGAACCUGCUGGCUCCAGGUUUCAUCCGCACUGACAUGACCUCGGGGCUGAAGGAGGAGGACGGCGCACGCUCCAUCCCUCUGGGGAGAUUCGGCGAGCCAGAGGAGGUCGCCCAGGCCGCCCUUUUCCUUUUGGAGUCUUCCUACGUUACCGGACAGGUGCUGGUGGUGGACGGAGGACUGCAGCUGGCCAUGUAGGGGCUGAGGAUUUACUGUGGAGUUAUCUUAACACUUAAAACAACAGUGAGGCUGGUGGAGCUUCACUCUGGAUCAUUAUGUCUUGAUUAAGGCAUAAAAAUAUUCAAGAAUGAGAUGAACAUCUGACUCUAAUAUCAAUGACAGAGGAGCUUCUGAGUGAUCAAAUGUGAACACAGACACUUUACUUUUAGACCUGGAGCCUGUUUUCAUAUUCUUAUCUUUUUGUGUCUAAAUGAAUUGCAAUCUGAGUGAUGUAAGUCCACGGGUUUAUUUCUGUUUUGUCACUGGAGGCUCAUAAAUGGAUUGACAUUGUUAAAGGAAUGAUCUUCCAGAGACAGGCCUGUUUUUAUGAAACACUUUCAGGAAAAGUGAUUGAAAUUUAAAUCACAUUUCCUUAGAAUCUUCCUAAGUUAACUCUUAACACAUGCUCCUUCUCACUGGUGACCAACCGCUCCCUCUGGACAGGAGGGGUCAGUCUGACAAUUUUUGCAAUUAUUUAAAUAUUUGCCUUUAUUCUAUAUUGAAAAUAUUUACAGUAUCAACAAAAGAGUAGCAGGAUUAAUUUUCAUCAGCCCUUCUCACAAUCAAUCAAUAAAUGAAUCAAUCUUUAUUUGUAUAGUGGCAAAUCAUUACCAACAUUGUCUUGACAUUACAUUACAAAGUGGGAAGGUCAAUAGCAGACCCUCCCACAGCACGUGCCGCAUCAGGUGUGUUAAAUCCUGCAUGGAUUCUGACAACUCAUGUUAAAUAUUCAGAAUAACAGAGAGUGCAUUAAAUUAAAGGCAAUACUGAUAUGUUCACUUAAGCACCUCCAUGAUUUAGUUUCCUGUCUGAAUGAAGAAAACCCUAAGAACACUACCACAUCCUUGUCAUGCAUAACAAUGCCACACAUGGAUAAAAAAAAAACAGCUGAGAGCCUCAGACUGAUUUAACUCCUGGUUAUGGCUUAGUAAUGUCAAAGUUAUAAUAACCAACCUUAUUUACACAUCAUUUAUCAUCAUUUAUUUUAAAGUCAUAAAGAGGUGGAAUUGUUUCCUGAUCUCUGGAAAGUUUGUGCAUCACAAAAAGAGUCAUAACAGACUGUUUUUUGACUUGAUUCUGAUGAUUUCUCUCUUUUAUUGAGGAAAAAUGUGAACAAAGUGCUGUGCUAUGGAAAAAAGUUUAGUUUUUAUGAUGACAUCAUACAGCUGAUUAGACACUCUAAUCCGGGCGUGGUUGCAUUUACAUCUCAUCCAAACCAUGCCAGAGCCCACUUGAAUCGCACCUGAGACACCCCCCCCCCCUUUGAUUGGGGACACAGGUCUAUCAUCUUUCCAAAUUUCCGUUUUACUUGUGGGCAUGUUUCAACAAAGUCCAGUUGUUUUCCAGCUCUGUCACUCACUCUUACAGGCUUGUAGCAAAUAGAGCACAUUCACCUUGGGUGUGGUGUCUUUCCCAGCUUUGACAUCUGACUUAUAAGAUAGGUGGAACACAACAGAAGUUCCUGAAUGAUGACAUUUGGAGAUUUUAUAGAAAAUCUGUACAUAUUUAUGAUUUUUUCAUGGCACCAGUUUCAAACCAGUUCCUCCACGAAGUCUUCUGAGAGGUUUCAAGGGCAAUUGGAGCAACGGUGUGACGUGCAAAUCAACACAGACAUGCCGCUAUUUAUACUCCUAGGAUAUCUGCAUGGGUGUUCUCUCUGCUGUUGAAUUUUUGCUUUUCAUGCAGCUUUUUUCUUUGUCGCUCUUAUUCUUCAUCUCUUAACCUCAUUUGUUAAAUCAAAGAGUGCAGAGAGAGUUCUCUCUCUGAGAGAACUGCAUUAUGCUGCAAAAGUUGCAUAAAAAUCGUCUGAAAACAGGUGACUGAGAGGCUUUGUGGAACUUGGAAAGACUCCAUUCUCCCUUUUGAAAUUAUAACAUUGUUAUGUCAGCUUAAAAACUUCUAUUUCAAGGUGGAAAAUUUACAUUUUGCUGCUAUAAAACGCUAAAGACCUACUGACAGCAGCACUGGUAGAACAGUAACUCCUGUUCUUGUCAAUGCAAUGUGCUGAUUCUAAAAGUUAUUUCAUAGUGGUUGCUUCUGAUUAAGAAAGUGUGGUAAUUAAAAAGAAAAGUUUAAUCUUAGUGUUAUGCUUGGUGUUUUUUCUGCAGUAAUGUUAGACACAAAGAAUAAUAAUAUAAGCCUGUCUGGGAAUCUUUUUGUGGACUAUCUUUGAUGCAGCCUUCAAGGACAGCAUUUGGAGUAUUCCAAAAUUGUAUAAACCUUCAACUUGUUAGGGCCCAGCAUUGAAAGCAGAGAAAUUUCCCCCCCAGCAGGCCUCAGCCUGUGCUGGAUUGAGGGUAAAGUUUGUUUGAGCUGUAGAAGUGUCAGAUUGGAUUUCAUAUUUGUUGUCAGUUGUUUUUUUUCUGUCAGAUUUUUACUGAAAAAACAUCAGGAGUGAUCAAACUCUUUAUAUGGGUUUCUGGUUGUCCACAUCUGUCCUGGCGCUCUCCGUCAUUCUGCUGAGUCACUCCUCCCCACCGCAGAAGUCAUGGCCUGAUAUGUGUGUGACACUCGGUCAUGACUAACACUGCUGACUCCAGAGUGUCUGGCCCAGUCUGGACCUCUGUGUCCCGAGCCCCUAAAUUUGAUCAGUUGGUCUUUUUCCAUGACUGUAAAGCGCCUGAGCAUGUUUUGUCCCCCCCACCUCCCCUGGGAGGCCCGCUCUCACUGACAGCACGUUUCCCCCUCCACCAGCGGCCCCCAGAGCCCACCUCUGGAGGGGCCUGUCGUGGGGCCGGCGUGCUGGGCUACAGCUGGAGGAAAUUAGGAAGAGUGGUGGAGGUGGGGGGUAUUUUUAGCUCGGGGAAUGUUUUGAGUGUCUGGUUUCAGCUCUGGAUCUGUGGUGUGGAUGGACAGGGUUGGAGGGGACUGUCAUGCCCUGUGAUGAGAUAAGAAGUGCUGCAUUUUGUUCCUUUCAUUGAGAUAUGCUGUAAGCCUCCAGAUAUGAAGCAAGCUCACAGUACUUUUCUGUUUAAUGUGCACUCUUUAGCAAUUUCUUAAGAUGACACAAUACUGGAAAAUACUGACAUUGGACAUUUUUUUUUGUGAUAUUUGUUGUGAAGACUUUUCCCAAACAAAUGUAAUUAAUUCAUACAGCAAAUAUAUUCAUUUAUAUGGGGAAUAGCAUUUGAAUAUUACCAUUUCAAAAUUAGGUCUAGUUUUAUCUUUAUUGGGAAAACAUGCUCAGUGCUUGCUGUUAAUAUUGUGAGAAUACGAAGCAUGAUAAACUCCAGCUGUGAAAAUUUAAUUGCAUUAAUCACAAUUAACUAAAAUCCAUGAUUAGUGCACAAAUUAUUAUAAACCACACGCUUUAUAGUCCCUUUCAGCACACUUUGGUUAAGCCAUGUCAGCAUCUCCCUCUAAUGGCCCAAUUCAGUGGUUCCCAACAUUUUUUCAUUAAUCCCCCCUUCAUAUAUCUAAGAAGAGCUGCGCUCCCCAGGACCCACACUGAAAAAAAUCGACAUUGCUGUCAGAAACACAUAUAAACUUGAAUUGUUUUCAUCGUUUAAAAUAAAAAAAAUUGCCCAAACUACAAGUGUUAUAAGCAAAACACCUUGGUAUGAACUAUUCAUAUGGGUUUUAUCAUGAUUUUGGGUAGCUUGAGUAAACCUAGUUUUAACAACCUCAGAGCAGACGGGCCAACGUGCUUUGGAUCUUCAAAUAUGAUCCUGAGACUAAAUAGUGGACAAUGCAUUGGAAAACACCAUCGUCAUCAUGGAUGAAGAAAGCACCACAAAGAAAGUCCAAAUUCAAGGUCAUAUUGGUUUUCUUUGACAUUGAGGGGAUUAUUUUGGAGGUGUGGAUUCCAGAAGGGUCAACAGUGAACAAACAGGUUCUAGAAAAUCUAAGAGAAAAGUCUGAAAAAAAAGAGACCAGUUCUGGAAAAAUUGUUUCCUUCACCAUGAAUCCAGCUUACACUGUGCUCUCAGUAAAGCAGUUUCUAACCCAAAAAUCAAAUAUGUAUACACAGUCCUCGAUCACCCUCCCUAUUUACCUGAUAUAGCACUGUAAACGUGUUUCUCUGAGCACAGGUUUCAUCUUAGGAAAAAGUCAGAGUCUGUGUCGGCAGUUAGCUAGCUACAGCCGGAGAGUGUCUGAAAUGUGGGACUGCUUAGUGAGAAAGUAUUUCGUGUUUUCUCCAUUUUUAUUGUAUUCAAUUCAGGCCUUUGUCGUGUGAUUGCUGCUAUUGCCAUAAUGAUAAAAUUGUGAUUUAUUGUGCAGCCCUACUAUAUGUUGUUU